CACACCACACCACCACCGCCACUUUACUACUACGGUCUACCACCACCACCACCACCAUCAUCAUAGUAGCAGCAGCCCGGUAAAACCUGUUCUUCUUCCCACAAACCGGUUGGACCUGUCUGUUACAUUAUUAUUGUUAUUAUUUUCUCUUCCCAUCUAUUUCUUCCUUACCUACAAAACGAAAGGUAUUGUCAACCACAGCUGUGUUUCUUCACCUCCGUUUCUUGUCCUUCGCCACCGUCGGCCUGGUUAGCCUAGCGUGUCACUUCUCUGCAUUUCUUCUAUCAAAUCAAUCAAUCAAUCAAUCAAUCAAGAUAGCUUUAGCUUUUUUAGGGUUUAACGGUAACCCGAUUCACUCAGCGAAGAACAACCGACAAAAAAAAAUAAGAGAAAAGAGCUCGGUUCUUUCCUUCUACGAUAUUUACAUACAUCCAUACAUACAUAUUUGAUUUUUUACUUUUAUCACAACAUCGCCUCGGUGUCGCACCAUCAGGUCCUUAUUUUGUCUAGACGUUACAGACAAUUAGCAGCUAUGGAUCGAGGUGGUGAUUCCGCGUUACUGGACGCCUUACAAGGCCUCCUCCCAGAACAGACCCGUACCCUCAUCCAAGCGCACAUGCAGGACCCGCAGACCGCCCUCCGCGCCAUAUGGCAGCAGACGACGAGCCUAACGCAGAAAGCGACCGAGACCCUGUCGCCCGUGCUCGCGCCCCUGAUGCAGCGGAGCUUGCAGGCCCUGCACGACUCGCCGGACCUCGUGGUCCUGGGCUUCGUGCUCGCGACCCUCGUGCUCGUCAUCCAGGUGAUAUCCUUCCUGCACCGCACCAUGAUGUACGUCACCCGCCUGGCCUUCCGCCUCCUCGGCUGGGCCCUCUUCGCCGCCCUCCUCGCCGCCCUCUGCCGCCGCGGCCCCGACGCCGCCGUCCGCGACCUCCUCCUCUUCGUCGGCAAGCUCGCCGGCUACGCCGCCCUCGUCAGGGAUAUCUGGUGGUCCGAGUACCAGCGCUUCGACGCCCAGACCAAGCGCGGCGGCGCCCCCGCCCCGACACGCGGCGCUCCCUCGGGAAGCGGCUACGCUAGGUCGAGGAAUGGCGCUUGGUGAAAUACAUAAAUACAAGAAUAAACAAAUAAAUACAUACAUAAAUACCUAAGGUUAGGUUAGGUUAGGUUAGGUGGGCUAAUAAUGAGAGGGGUGAUUUCGGGACUAGGGUACGGUUCAUUCAUCGUUAUGCCAUGCCAUGCCCUGUGGUGUGUGUGUGCGUGUAAGUGUGUGAGCUUGAUUAAAGGGAAAAGAAAAAAAAAGAGAGAAGGGAAGAAAGAAAGAAGGCAAAUAUGGGUUCGGAGUAUCUCGUCGUUUGGUUUGAUGUCUUUAUCACGGGGUUCGGGGAAUGAAGUUAUGACUACGGCUUACUUCUUCUUCUUUUUUUUUUUUGGUACAGAAUGAAUAAAAAACAAACAUCUGCCAAAUGAA